UGGCAGAAAACCCUAGCCAUAAAGGUUACAUUUUGGGGCUACACCAGCAUAAGCCCCCGUUCAUUUUGGACUACCUCGCGACCGUUCCCUAAAUAACCGGAAAUUCCAGAGAGUGGGAAUUCUUCCUACAUUACAGUUUCUUUGGUUCUACUGUAGAAAACAUUGAUUUUGAACGCAGCUCAGAUGGUCUAUUGCCACUUCACCUCUACGUCAUUUCCGUUACACAACCUUCUUCGAGAGUUUUGUCCAAGAUGGCGUCAACGCAGUUAACGGACGAGGAGCUUUUCUCUGAAUUAAAGCGUUUUGGUUUCACUCCAGGCCCGGUAACCGAAAACACUCGCCCGGUGUAUUUGAAGAAAUUGAAGAAGCUUCGUGAGGAGCAACAACAGCGAAGCUCCAGACCAAGUAAAACCCGUAGCAGCGGAGCCAUCAACAACACCACUGGCGGCGGCAACACUACGGGUUCCAGGCCAGUCAAGUAUGACGUCACGCACCUGAGCUCUAGCAGAAGACCGGGCCGGAAGUCCUCCGUCCUCAGCUUCAGCUCUGACGAGUCUGACGCUGAAUCUCCAUUGAAAAGAAAGGGGUCCAAUCACAGCAGCAGGACAGACCGAAGCUCUGGUUUGCAGCAACAACUAAAGAUAAGUUCAGUUACGGCACCAAGUGUAGCUAUCAAGAGGAAAGAGUAUGGCGUUACGAGUGCGCUGAAUAGCAACAAUUCUUCCCCGGAUCUGGACGGACAGAGAAGCGUCUCGUUGGUCUGGGGAGUUCGUGCCAGAUCCAACCCUGAAGCGGAAGGGAGGGAUUAUGACGAAUCGGGAGACGAGGGCGAUUAUGAGGGGGGAACUGACAAGAAUUCUCACUCUUUAAAUGGUCGUGGGGCGUCUCACUUGAACAUUAGCGAGCUAGCUAGGGAUUAUUCGGAUUCGGACGAGGAAGAGAUUGGGGGCCUUGGUGCCGGAGACCGACAGCGGGAUAGGUUGCAAACUAAACGGAGCCUCCAUCACGCAACGCUUCCUUCCUACGGAGACGUCCGAGAGUCUCAGACGGUUGGGGCAGCCAGAGAGGUUAACCCGCUUGAGAGUCUCAACAUGGUGGGAAGCCGGAGGGAGGAGGUGGGAGAAGACGAAGAAAAGAGAAGUAAGUUGGGCUCAUCGGAAAGCUUGCGGGGCUGUAACAUUCACAGGAAGUCCACCAGCGUGCCCCUUGUCGAGCACCAUGGGCGAGAGGCCGACAAAAACAACCACGUCGACGAAGAUCACGAAGUCUCCAGAAACAGCAGUGUGAGUGGGUUCAGCGUCGGGUUGAGACCGCGCUUUUCCAACUACAGCAGCCUGUGCCAGACCUACAGGGGCAACCACUCCAAUCAUGCCGCUCCCAACCAUUCAUACAGCCAAGCAGUUCCGAAGCAGAAAGCAUCUGUCCCGGAAGAUGAGCUGCUCCAGCAGUUUAAAAGAGAAGAGAUGGCCUCAUCUGGUAGCUUUAGCGCUAACUACCUGUCCAUGCUCCUGCUCACGGCUGCCUGCCUCUUCUUUCUGCUGCUGGGUCUAAUUUACCUUAGGAUGAGGGGCACUGGAUCGUCAGAUAUAAAUGGAGUCAUUAAGAGUCAUCCAUUUGGCAGCGAGUUUGAUUCUUCUUAUGACAAGGUGGAGAAGGACCUGAUCCUAAAGUUGCUGCUCAAUCUGCACAAUCACCUGGCCCAGAUCGCUGGCCAGCAUGACUGCGGAGAUCAGCAGCAUCCAAACAGGAGUCUGUCCAUGGAUGAAGUCUCUGCAUAUUUGCUGGCUCAGAAUCAGGAAUUUGAAGGCUUCAUCCAUACUUCUCUGGAGUGGAUCAUCCGAACAGGCCAGGACGUUGGAAUAAGGCUGACUGGACAGGUAGCUGAUGAUCCAGUGACUGACGUGUCGGAGAUCUCUCGGCUGGAGUCUACACAUCCCAAAAUGCCCUUCACAUGCCGCUUCCGCCGAGCUUUCCUUACUGUCAUCAGCAGAAUCUUCUUUAUCACAGUUGUGGUAUGCUGUGUGUGGAGUGUGGUCUGCUACAUGAAGUAUCGUUGGAGGAAAGAAGAAGAGGAGACCAGGCAGAUGUAUGACAUGGUGGAGAGGAUUGUUGAUGUGUUGAGGAGCCACUCUGAGGCUUGCCAAGAGAACCAGGACCUGCAGCCCUACCUGCCCAUUCCCCAUGUUAGAGACUCCUUGGUGCUGCCUCAGGACCGGAAGAAAAUGAAGAACAUUUGGGAGCGGGCUGUGAGUUUCCUCUCUGCCAAUGAGUCCAGGAUUCGAACAGAGACUCAGAGGAUUGGUGGAGCGGACUUUCUGGUCUGGAGGUGGAUCCAGCCGUCUCUCAGUUGUGACAAGACCUCUUUGAUGCCCUCCAAAGUCUGGCAGGGAAAAGCUUUCCCUUUAGACCGGAGGAAUUCACCUCCUAACAGCCUCACUCCAUGUCUGAAGAUCAGAAACAUGUUUGACCCAGUAAUGGAGGUUGGGGAGAACUGGGAUUUAGCCAUUCAUGAGGCCAUCCUGGAGAAGUGCAGUGACAACGACGGCAUCGUCCACAUUGCUGUUGACAAGAACUCUCGCGAGGGCUGUGUCUAUGUGAAGUGUCUCUCUGCAGAGCACUCAGGAAAAGCCUUCAAGGCACUUCAUGGCUCCUGGUUUGAUGGUAAGCUGGUGACUGUGAAGUAUCUGCGUUUGGACCGAUACCACCAGCGCUUCCCACAGGCUCAGGGUUGCUGCACACCCCUGAAGGCCUCCAGCCUCCACCUGAACACCACAAGCACCAUCAACACUACACCCCGCCUGCAGCAUCGCGGCUCAGUGAACUUUUCAGGCUUCUCAUGAGAUUGACAUCAACUUGAGCAUUAGCGUUCUCCCGUGUGCCCUCCCUGCAUGACGGACAUGUCUGCUGCCACACCAUCACUGCAUCAUAUGUCAUCUGUCUGUGUCACGGGAGAGUGUUUUCAUUUGUUAGUUUUUCCUUUCUUAACACAGCCUCUUUGCAAAAGAAGCUGUUCAGCAGUGCAGCGUUUGUUUUUUAUAACCUUUCUACUAGACAUGUCAUUAAUUUAUCAGGGAAGCAAAAUUCUUAUGGAUUAUGUAAGAUGUGUGCAGUAGGGCUGUAAAAUUACUCUUAAUUUUGACAGUCAAAUUGGUUUUGGCUGUUCAGUACUUCAUUAUGAAGAUUUGACUGUUUGUUCCUUUUUUUUUCUUUCAGUUAAGCACCACUCUAAACACCUGUGUCAGCCUAGAUUAAUUUUAAGGCUUGUGCUUCAAAGCCUUUUCACACAGUCAGAGAAAUUAAAAAGUGUCUGUCCUACUCAUGGUUCAGUUAAUAAAUCCCAGUGCUUCGGGCUUACCUGCUUGGCUACUGACAGAGAUAUCAGCUGAAGAGUCAGUCAUGGUGAAUGUCAGCAGCGGAGGUUGUACCAUAAUCAGGUGCAAAAGUGGUUAAGCCAAUUUCACAGACAGCCAUCUCAAGCAGUCAUCUGUGCAGCCAAACAAACUUGAGUUGCCUGCCUCAAGCCAUCCGGUGUCAACUCUUUAUCUAUCACUCUUUUUUGCUUCCAUCACAGUAAGUUUUGUAUUUUGGUCGAUUUGAGAUUGAGUUUGUCAAGUUUACAGCAUGCCAUGCUCCUACUUUUGUGAUGAAUGACACAGUGCAAGUUGUCUUCUUGAAUGACGACUCAAACCAAUGACUUUUAGUGGCCAGCCUGAAGUUUGAGACCAAUAACCCACACUCCUUCUCUUACACAGUCUAACCGAUGUUAUGAUGGAGUUCAUUUUGGAAAUUGCUACAUGUAUUAGAGUAUGCCUCUAUGUAAGCUUUCAAUACAGCACAGUGUGGGUAUUAAUUUCCUGAGGAUGUUUGGUGUACUCCUUGUUGUAAUCAUUAUUAUUUAGUCAAACGAGGAAGGCAGUAACAAACUUGUAGAGAGUGUGCUGUAAAUACAUGUGAAUGUUGGCACAAGUGUAAUUACAUCCUCUGUAUUAAAAGCUAACGGCAACCUCAGAAUUUUCUUACUACUCACGUACCAUGGUAGUGUACGUAUAUAACCAGAGACAAACACUUCCUGAGAUAUGUCCUCUUGUAGCCUUUCAGGGGGUAUUUGCCUCAGCUGAUUGUACAGGGCAAUAGGAUUUUGACACCCACUGUGUUUGUUGUUUGCUUCACAUGUUGAUUCUUUGUCAUUGUCCUUGAUUUUGUUAUAGCAGCCAGCAGUGCUCCCAAAAUCUAAACUUUUGAGUGAUAUAACAGAAUCAGAGAGUGUACCUUUAACAGUCACCUGAAGUUUUCUUCUUCAGAUAUAAGCCAGUAUAUUUCCUAUUAUUGUUUUUAUUAUUUACCUCUUUCAAGUUGGGUCAUUUUCACUGUUGGUGUCACCCUCAACUGGUGGUGAGUAUAGUCUUCCCUGACCUGUCCUGUCUGCAUGACGAACAGACCAGAGGAGCACAUAUGUAUCAUGUCCAAAUUGUGUUCAUCUCACUUGAGACUAGAGUUUCUUGUUAGGAUGGAAUGUUACUUUGUCAGUGCUUGAUCAUAUCAGCCUCUUGCAAUGAUGCUACCACUAUUUUUUGGUCAUUAAGUGUUCAGUCGGGAUGCUGACAGUUUGUAAUACUCAAUUCCAAAUAUUCCAGCCCAUGUAAAGAGACUGUAUAAAAUUUAGGGGUUCCUGUGUGCUUGUUUUUUUUUGUUGUUGUUUGUUUGUUUGGGUUUUUUUGUUUGUUUGUUUUUUUUUUACAGCAUCUAGGUUAUUCCGAAAAAGGCUACAAAUCCUGGAGUUGCCCAACAUAAUUUUGAAAUGAAUUACAAGUUGGAUUCAGUUUCUGCAGUGUGAAAUUGUACAAAUGAUGCACAUUUCAAAUGUUCAAAGCCUGCUACAGCAAGCAACCCAACUGUGCCUUAAAUUUGUGCUUUUUUGAAACUGGCACUGCAUUACUGGAGAAUGUUAUGGAUUAAAGAAAUGUUGAAACAGUUUAAAGAGUAAGACCUGCCAUAGAUGUAGUUUUGAUAGAGUUUGACAUUCUUCCUUUUUUUGGUAGCAGUUUCCUUUGAUAUUAAGCCAAAUGUUUCUCUAUUUAUUUUUUUUAAAUCAGCUUUGCUGUUCUAUGUUAAUGUUUGUAGACUUGUUACAUGUGUCAUAACUUUUCUUCAUGAAGACAUUGAAUCAUCAACCUUACAUCUGGUUCGAAACAAUUGUCAGGAUGUCCAAAACAACAAAAUAAAACACUUUUCAGUAAUAAGCCAGUUGAUAGUGCAUCACUGAAAUUUAGUUUUCCGUUUCUCUAACAGACUUGUGCACCUGCAUUAUCUCUGCCUACACUGGCAGAAAUGAGCCUGCAUGUCAGUGUUGGUUUGAUGUGAUGGCACUUCUUAGGCUUGUGCUCAACCUUUAAAAAAUCCUCAUGGAUGCAAUCUUGGUGGAUUUUAUGUAUACACUGUACAUUGAUGUAACUGUAAUAAGUACUGUUAUGUUUGGAAUUACCAGUAUCCCUAACCUGGGGGGGGGGGUGUCACUUGUCAACUGUACAAAUAAUUAAGAUUAAACGUUUAUUAGGUUUUUU